AUGCGUUCUCCGGAUCCGUUCGCCGACGACGAUGACUCGAAUGACUCUUUCGACACUUUCGUGGUCACGCCGUCCACUUCCAGAAUCAGAAGCGAUGCGAUCGUGGCGCAAGAAGAGGAUUCGUUCGACGGAGUCAGCGUAAGUGAGCAGAUGACAGUCAUUGAGAAUCCGGGCUGUUCAACAGUCCUGGAGGAGGAGGAACACGCCGAUUAUGAUUGUGAAGAGGAUGAUAACACGCUGGACAGGAUGCUAGAAUCGAGCGGAGACGAAGAGGACGUGAGCGGAGAGUACACGACUCCGAACGACGCACUCACGAACCUCCUGAGAUCGUUUCAAGAAUUAUCGGAACGGAAGUUGGAAGUCAGAGAAAACGAAGAACAAGAAAAAGAAGGAGAUGUAAGUAGAGAUGUGUUCGAAGGAUUCGAUGAGUCGCACCGAGAACCGGAAGAAGCAGAAGAAUCGCCAGGGCGCGAAGAACGAGCAGAACGGAUUGAGGGACCGGAAGAGACCGAUGUGACAAUGCUUCCCGUUUCCAUUCCUAUUCCAGGCCAAUCUCGCUUCGGACCUCCUGCUAAAAAAGUGAGCUUUCUCAGUGUACGCUUCGCAAAUGAUUUUUUUUUACAGCCGAGAACCGAACCCCCGGAAUGUGCCCCCUCAACUUCGUCCAAUCCCUUUGCUCCUGCUCCGUCCUCUGCUAUUUCUGCUGCCGAUGGUCCCGUUGGGAUGGUUUCUUCGAAUAGUGGCGAGUAUUGGAAUCAGCAAAAAACGGUCGAAAUCCACGGAAAGAACUAUGAAAUAAACAGCUUUGUCAGUCAUUUUACUCCUCCCACGCAUCAAUAAUUUUCUUUCAGUCGGACUACAUGAAAAUGAAAGUUUCCAAGCUGAAUCACCAAGUAAAUUCGGAAAAGUCGAAGCCUUCUGAAAAUCUGACAGAAAUUUUCAAAGGAUAUUCGGUGUUUGUUAAUGGGUACACAGGUAACUCAGGCAAAUCGUUUCUAAUCUAGCUAGUUAAUUCGCGUUUCUAACCGGACCUAGUUAGAUUGCUAAUUUAUUGCGAUUAGAUUGCAAAUUCUUCUAACUAGACUGAUUAAUGGUCUAAUUAGAUGGACAAACCAACAUUUUCCUAAUUAGAUUGCAAAAACAUUGAUAUUAGAUUUAAAAUACGUCUAACUAUAUUCGGAACUCGGUUCAGAUUACGAAACCUCCUAACCAGAUUACACACGAUUUUCCUGAGAACAUUUGCCAUUUAUGUGAGAAGUUCUAGUUUGGUAAAUAGAUCCUCCGGCCCUUGUGAUCCGCGAUUUAAUGAUCUCGCACGGAGGAGAAUACCACUGUUACUACAUGCACGGAAUCACUUCCUACGUCAUCGCUUCCUCGAUUGCCCAAGCGAAAAUUGAUAGAAUACGAGAGAGAGAGAUAUUUAUCCGAGCAGACUGGAUCACUGAAUCGUAAGAACCGUAUUGGGUCUAUAGAAACACGUGGACAUUUGCAGAAUAGCCGCCGGAAAGCCUCUUGACUAUAGUCUAUUUCUGAUUUACGAAAAGGGCGCUCAAGAGAAAGGACACAUGCGACAGUUCCUCUCCUCCACAGCAAGACCUUCGGAUGAGACGAACGGAUUCCUCGACGCUCGCAAUCCGAAUUUCAUUCGAGACUACUACGCGAGAAGCAGAUUGCAUCUCAUUUCGACUCUUGCCCAAGACAUGAAGGACUUCGUAGCCAACUUGAAAAUAGAAGGGAAGCUGACAGAGAAGUGCUUCCCGCAAGAGGAACUCGAUGAAUUGAAAGGCGACGGAAACGAGCAGGGAAGGAAUACUGUAUUCCACGUGGAUUUGGAUUGUUUCUUUGUGUCGGUGGCAGUCAGAGACCGGGAAGACUUGAAAGAGAAAGAGGUUGCAAUCACGCACAGCAAGGUAGGGUUGUCAACACUUUCCGAGCCAUCUAACCCUUUUCUUUUCAGGGAACCAUUUCAAACAGCAUGAGCGAGGUUGCCUCGUGCAGUUACGCCGCCCGUAAAUGUGGAGUCAAGAACGGAAUGCUGGUGCGAGACGCCCUUCAGAAGUGCCCACAACUCACUCUCCUACCCUAUCAAUUCGAAGAUUAUGUCAGUGUUAGCCAGCAAAUUUACCAGAUACUCGCCAGUUACACUCUCCAGCUUCGCGCCGUCUCUUGCGAUGAAAUGUACAUCAAUGCGAGCGCUCUUUGUGAAGAGCACGGUAUCGACGACCCUGUUUUACUUGCGGAGCACAUUCGGAAAGUGAUUAGAGAGCAGACGAGAUGCCCGGCGAGUGUGGGAAUCGGAAGCAGCAGUCUUCUGGCGCGGCUGGCAACGAGACACGCGAAACCGGAUGGAGUGUACUGGGUUAAUGAGGAGAAGAAGAAUGCGUUUAUGCUGGAAGAAAGGGUCAGAGAUCUGCCAGGACUCGGAUAUCAGAUGAUGGACAGACUGAUUGCGUGCUUCGGGGAAAUCAGCACGUGCGGACAACUGCAGCAGAGAUCGGAACGGGAACUCGUGCAGGCGUUCGGUCCGAAACACGCCACGAAAAUAUUCAAGCAGUGCCGGGGAACGGAAGAGGAUUCGGAGGAUUUCUGGAAGACCCAGCUACGGAAAUCAGUCUCUUGCGAUAUUAAUUACGGAAUCAGAUUCACAAAAGUAAGUGAAAAUUAUCAUACACUUCAAGAAAUGAUAUCUUUGCAGAGAGAAGAGUUAGUGCAACUGAUGAAAGCGAUCGGAUCGGAAUUGGAACGAAAACUGGCUGAUUCGAAAAUGAGUGCCGGUUCGAUUACUCUCAAACUCAUGGUAUUUUCAAAACACUUUCCUCUCUCAACAUCCGAAAGUUCCCCAGGUUCGCUCUGCCGACGCUCCUCUCCAAACUGCCAAAUUCAUGGGACACGGCAUCUGUGACACGUUCACAAAGACUGCAAAUCUGUCUGUUGCGACCAUGCGAGGAGACGUUCUCACCGCGGAGUCCAUGAAACUUUACACAAAAAUAUCUCCAAAAGUCGAAGAUUUGCGCGGUGUUGGAGUUAUAUGUGGGAAACUGAAGAGUAAAAUGAGAAAGGAUAUGGUGACGGCUGUGCAGCAGAUGUUCGGAUUGGUGAAAAAAGAGGAGAAGGAAGCGGAGAAGGGUGACGGACAGAAAAGUGAGUGGGAGGGUUGAGGGAAACGAGAACUUUCUUGGAAUUCAGAAAAAGCACGACUCCGUUCCCCAGAAGAUGAAGACGAUCUGAAUGAAGACAAGGACAUGCGACGGAAGGCCAGCGAGCCGAUCAUCGCCGCGCAAUCACGCCAGGAUCCCAAAAUCCGAGUUAUACCGCACCCAAGAGACGUCAGAGGUGCUAAAGGCGUUUUCGUUCCGGGAAUUCUGAAAUUGACCGAGGUCCAAUUGCGGCGAUCUAUAAGAAGGUUAUCGAUGGAAGAAAAUGAUGAUGAACAGGCUCAGAGUUUGGAGCAGAAUAUGGAGAGUUCUAUGAGAAAAGGUGAGGUCUCCGGGUAUUCUUUAAAAUGAUAAUCGGUUCUUCGAGUUCAGAGCCGACGAAAUCAGCAGUCCAAGCCCUGCAAUCUCUAUUCGCAUCCUUGCUCAAAGCUGGGAAACUGUUAAUGUAUGAGAAGUUGUUCCGAAAGUUUGAAGAGAUUUCGAUGGAUUCGAGCAAAAGUCACACGGAUUGGUUCUCAGCUUUCCACAUAAUGUCACAGACUCUGAAUGACGAAUCGAAGAAUUUGCUGGAGUUUCCGAUUGAAACGUCUGGAAAACGAGUGUCUAAAUGCGAGAGAGACGGUAGAAUGGAUAAAGAAUUACAAGAGGACCCUGUAUUUGAACCCUUGGAAUUGUAUGUUCCCGAGUCGACCGGUCGGACUAACUGA